UGGUGUCGGUCCUGCUGCCGCGGCCGCGCCCGCCGCUGCUGGGGGAGGCGGUGUCUGCGCCGCGCCCCCGCGCUCCGCCCGCCCCCGGCAGCAGCGGCAGCGGCAGCCUCAGCACCUCCGCCAGUUCGUCCGGCAGCUCCAGCACCAUGGACCUCUCCUUCAUGGCCGCGCAGCUUCCUGUUAUGGGAGGAGCCUUUAUGGACUCACCCAACGAGGACUUUAGUACAGAGUACUCCUUGUUUAACUCAUCAGCCAACGUCCAUGCAGCUUCUUCUGCGCAGAAUCCACCAGAAGAGACAUCCCGUUCUUCAAAUGAUGCCAUAUUGUUAUGGAUUGCAAUAAUAGCAACAAUUGGAAAUAUUGUGGUUGUGGGAGUGGUGUAUGCCUUCACCUUCUAGGAUGACUGUCACUCCAAACACUGGAAGAAAGGAUAACUGCAACAGUAUUUGUCAUGUGUAUGUGUGUAUAUAUACAUGUAUAUCUAUAGAUACAUAUAGGUAGGGACAUUGUUGGUUAAGUGCAGCUGCAGUCAUGGAAAUGAAAUGCAAGUUAAUCAUCUUGAAUCUCGAUGGCAGAAAGUUUGGAUGCAAUUGCAAGUUGUGUGGAGGUGAGAGCUUUCACUGAGAACAGAGCCAAUAUCAGUUUUGUAUAGAAAUGUAAUGAAAGAGAGGCCAACAUACAUACAAAGUGACACUUACAGAGACAAGUGCUUGUUUUCUACUAUUUAGAUUUUUCCAGCAGUUCUGCUGCAUUUUGUCAGCUUUUUUUUGUGCAGUUUUUACUGUGGUGUAAUGCUGUAUGACAUUGUUCUAUAUCAUGUUUGCUGGACAUCUUGGUUUUCCAGGUGGACUAAAUGGCUGGCAUUGGCAUAGUUCUGAGGAAUCACGUGUUCAUCAUGUGUGAGUGUUCAGCAUGUGCAUACACUGUGUUCAAGUUCAUGAAUCUGAAAGCUAUGACAGGCAAAUGUGUGUUAUCUAACACUUGCCUUCCACUGUCAAUUGCUGGAUCUGAAAAUACAAGAAUUGAUGCUAAACCUGUCUGCUGUUUGCAGGGGGAGACACAGCUAUUGCAAGGCGUGGCUGGUCUGCAGACCUGCUGCACUUCAGGGGAGCAAGUGUUAAACAGCAGUACAAGCUCCCAUUUCUGUUUGGAGGUACUGGAUUGCAGUGGUUCAUAGACAUGUCUCUCCCAGGAAUCAGAGGCCAAAUACCAUGCUUUUCAGAUCGUUUCACUGUUCCAGAUUUUUUACAACAGCCAUGUAUUUUCAUAAGAUUAUUGGUGUAUCAAAAAAAUGUGGGAAAACUGCAAAGCCUGAUUAAUAGUGAAAGAUAUCGAUGAGAAAAAUAGAACUGAAAGAAAGAUUUGACACUUCUGUGCUCACAAAGGAGUGAGCACAAGAGUCAGGUAUGUCCUGGGAUCGAAACAGCACAAAAAAGGUAGUAAGUGACAGAUACACAAGUGCUUAUAUUUCAGUAUUAUGAUGUCUCUGUGUACUGAUGAGGCUUCUGCAAGUGAUUUUUACAUAGCCUGCUUUAGGUAGCAACUCCAAUUAUCACUUGGAUUUGUUCUGUUGGGUGACAACAUUUUCACUGUGUUGUUCCCACAAGCAGUUCCUUUUCAAGAGCUAUAUCUUUUCAAAGCAAGUUGUAGCCUUCCUUGCUUCAGAGAUCAUAAAAUCCUGUGGGAAGAAAAAAAUAAUCACCUCUGUAGGAGAUCUGCCUCUUCCCUCUUAAAAAAAUAAGCACAAAUACAUUAAACAUCUGCACGUUGAGAGUAGCAGACGAAUUCUUCAUCUAUGUCUGCAUGUACCGGUUUUCUGUCGUAUACAGCUACUACCCAGAAAUUCCAGAAGGCUGUUUCUGCAGGCACAGAGACUAUUUUUGACACUUGCCUGUCACAGAUCUUGAGGCUGGA